UGGUGUGAGGAUUAUAUACAAGUCUCAAAAUAUGAUCCGGUCAAAGCAACAAAAAGACUGGCAAGAGUGGCAAUUGCAAAAGGGAACGAAAUUACCGAACAUCAUGUGCAUCGCAGUGUUCAUGUGGCAAACUCAUCCAAAGUACCCCUUCCUUCUGCUGCACAACAGGGACGAAUUUUACUCUCGGCCCACGGAGGCGUUGGCGUGGUGGGAAGGGGAAACGGUGUUAGGUGGUAGGGACGGUCUCGGCGGAGGAACGUGGCUGGGUUCCACCAAAGAUGGCAGGAUCGCGUUUCUCACCAAUUUUAGGGAAGUCGAGAACCUUCCGCAUCCCAAGACCAGAGGAGACCUGCCCCUUAGGUUCCUCCAGAGCAAGAAGAGUACCCUGGAGUUUGCAGAGGAAGUUGUGAAAGAGGCGCACCAGUAUAAUGGCUUUAACCUUAUAUUGGCUGAUAUUUGUAGCUCCACCAUGGUUUACGUCUUCAAUAGACCAAAACAACAUCAUCUUUCUGUUGCACAAGUUACCCCUGGAAUUCACGUCUUGACUAAUGCAGCCCUCGACGCCCCUUGGCCAAAGGCUGAACGGCUGCGCUAUAAUUUCAAAGAAUUUAUUGAUCAAUAUGGUGAAAGUGAUCUUCCAUUUAAAGAGAUGGUUGAGAAACUAAUGACAAACACAGUCAAAGAUGAGGAGUGUAUGCUACCUGGGAUUCAGCCUCCAGAACGGGAAUACCCUUUGAGUUCUAUAUUUGUUGAUGCACAACUUUCAUCGGGGCAUUAUGGAACUAGGAGCUCUUCUGCCUUGUUUGUGAAGUCAAACAAAGAAGUCACCUUCUACGAUAAAUAUCUGGACCAGAGGCAAUGGAAAGAGAAAAUGGUGACCUACAAGAUCAGUGAGAGAUAAUAAUAGGCUGAGAUGUGAUUUAUUUAUGCUAAUAUCAAAAUGGAUGCAGUCAUGCAGAUCAGUGAGAGAUAAUAAUUGGCUGAGAUGCGAUUUAUUCAUGCUAAUAUCAAAAUGGAUGCAGUCAUGCAUCACAUGCAUAACUCACAAAAUUAUGCCAACAUUUAUGUUAUUGUUGUAUUAAAUAUUUAAGGCUAAAACCUAAUUUUGGUACCUUAUAAUAAUUGUUUGUUUUAAUUUAGUUCCA